AUGCUAAAGGAGCAGGAACACGCCGGAGCUCUAAUGCUCGUGGCGGGAGAACGUAAAACAAACAAUCAAACACAGGGCGCGCACGCUCAAAUUGAAAUUAUUCCCUGCAAGAUCUGUGGAGACAAAUCAUCAGGCAUCCAUUACGGGGUGAUAACAUGCGAGGGCUGUAAGGGUUUCUUCAGGAGGAGUCAGCAGAGCAAUGCAGCGUACUCAUGCCCACGUCAGAAGAACUGCCUGAUCGACCGUACCAGCCGAAACCGCUGCCAGCACUGCAGGCUGCAGAAGUGUCUGGCCGUGGGCAUGUCACGAGACGCGGUGAAGUUUGGGCGCAUGUCGAAGAAGCAGCGGGACAGCCUGUAUGCCGAGGUACAAAAGCAUCGUCUCCAGCAGCAGCAGAGGGAGCAGCAGCAGCCGGGUGAAGCCGAGCCACUCACGCCCACCUACGGGCUCUCUGCAAACGGCCUCACCGAGCUGCACGACGAGCUGAGCGGCUACAUGGACAGCCACGCGGGCGACGGUACCAAGCAGGACUCGGGUGUCAGCAGCUUCUACCUGGACAUCCAGCCCUCACCCGACCAGUCCGGCCUGGACAUCAACGGCAUCAAGCCCGAGCCUAUCUGCGACUUCACGCCUGCCUCAGGCUUCUUCCCCUACUGCUCUUUUAGCAAUGGCGAGACCUCGCCCACAGUCUCCAUGGCUGAACUAGAGCAUCUGGCCCAGAACAUCUCAAAGUCCCACAUGGAGACGUGUCAGUAUCUGAGAGAGGAGCUGCAGCAGAUGACCUGGCAGUCCUUCCUGCAGGAGGAAAUGGAGAGCUAUCAGAACAAGCCCAGAGAAGUCAUGUGGCAGUUGUGCGCCAUUAAAAUCACAGAGGCCAUCCAGUACGUGGUGGAGUUCGCCAAGCGCAUUGACGGCUUCAUGGAGCUCUGUCAGAACGAUCAGAUCGUGCUGCUGAAAGCAGGCUCCUUGGAGGUGGUGUUUGUGAGAAUGUGUCGUGCCUUUGACCCUCAGAACAACACAGUCUAUUUUGAUGGAAAGUAUGCUGGCCCUGAUGUGUUUAAGUCAUUAGGUUGUGACGACUUGAUCAGCUCAGUCUUUGAGUUUGGGAAAAACCUGUGUUCUAUGCACCUGUCAGAGGACGAGCUCGCCCUUUUUUCGGCAUUCGUGUUGAUGUCGGCAGACCGUUCCUGGCUCCAGGAGAAGGUAAAGGUGGAGAAACUGCAGCAGAAGAUCCAGCUGGCUCUUCAGCAUGUCCUUCAAAAGAACCACAGAGAAGAUGGCAUACUGACAAAGUUAAUAUGCAAAGUGUCGACCCUGCGAGCGCUGUGCAGCCGGCAUACAGAGAAGCUGACUGCUUUCAAAGCAAUAUACCCGGACAUUGUGCGUACCCAUUUCCCCCCCUUAUACAAGGAGCUCUUUGGAUCAGACUUCGAGCAGUCCAUGCCCAUGGAUGGGUAGCGGCCUCCUUGACUGCCCCCCUUAGCGGGGCCAAAAAAAAAACACCGUGGGGAAUGUUGAGCAUGAAUCUAAGACACUUUACCAGUGCCCUGCACACACAUACGUACACAGACACAUACACGCUUAUAAACACAAAACAGGACAGCUAACCGGCUGCACGUCCAACUUUCGUUUUGUCGGUUUCCUUUGAGAAGGGGUAAGGCAUGGAUUUCAUUCAGUGCACUGUUUUUUUUUAAGGUUGGGAUGAAGAGUACAGAGAAAUUAUUGAGGAAAUGAAGACGUUUUCUUUUUCUUUAUCUCUCUUUCUGGCUCAGCCUAAAGCACUCGUGCA